AUGUCACAAAAUUCUUUUGAAUUUGCAGCAACUCCAGCUCAGCCAUACUGCUACGGCCCCGUCAGUAUACAGCCAGACGCUGCCAAAAGCGAAGAAAAGAUUGAAACCAUCGAAAGCACUACAGAGUACGAGAAAUUGCAAUUACUCCUAGCUCCAAUACCUCCCUUGAGUCCGCUCAAAAAGCGGAAAUCUUCCAAUGACGAAACGAGUUACCAGCGGUGUCGAGAAACCAGGGAGACGCGGAGAUUGCGGAGGGCAAGAAAGAUCAAGCUUAGAGAGUCGGCACAGAAAGCGAUCCACGAAUUCCAGCGGUAUGACAACAGUAUAGAGAGUGAUUCUGAUCAAUUGAGUGUCGGGUCAAAUAUGGAAAGCGGCAAACUAUUUGAAACCCCCACUGAACAUAGCUUGUCAGCGAAGGCGAUCCAGAAACAAGCGAGGGAACAGCAUCCGCCAUCACCACCAAGCCCGGUCAAGCGCCGACGUAUGUUCGGAGAUGACGAAAAGGCUUUCAGGGAGUACACUAAGAACCGACGGGCCAAGUACCGCGUGUUCUGGAGGGCAGCAAAUCGGGCAUAUGUCAAUGCGUACAUGAAGUCAUACAGUCACCGCGCAAGGGAGAUUCAGAAAGGUAAUCCCUGCCCGCCUAGUUUGCUUACUAUGGAUGAGCAUAGAAAGAGUCUUGAGAGUCCAGAUGCCCGGAGUCUUAGUGGAGAAGGGCUGACUGAUAACAAACCUACCACUAAGACGGGUUUAGCAGAAGCAAAUAGCUUCUCGGGGGAAGGUCAGUAUUUAUAUAUGGAAGACCAGUACAUUUACAGUACUUACCCAGCCUUCGAAAAUAAAUAUCUCGCAACUGAUUCUUAUGUCCCGAUGGUCCCAAUGGAAGUACAAAAUCCUGGCACUUAUGGAGAGAAUUUUUACAGCCCUUACACAUCCUUCCCCUACGAUGUAAAUUACACGAGCGGGAACUGGCUGUAG